AUGACAGACGACGACGGACAGGCGACCGGCUGGGAGUUCGAAGCGUUCAAGAAGGACUACCUGGCAAGGAAGUGCAGCCUCACACUUUUGACGCCCGUGCCCUCCCCAGAGCCUCCGCACAAACAGCCCGUGGACGCAUGCAUGAAUAUCUCGCAGCUGCGCACCGAAUCCACACGGCCGAGGCAGAGAGAAGACACGGGCACGAACGCACGAGGCGUGGAAAGCCUCCCCGACAACAGCAGCACCUCGACGGGGCACGUCCAUGUUUUCUGGCGCGAAGCAAAGAACACGCCGGCGCCAAAGAAGCGACUGCCGUGCCUGCCACGAUGGACGGCCGAUGACGACGAAGCGCUGGAACAGGCUUUCCAGCGGGCAGAGGCGCCGAAAGAACAACCGCCACGGCGACUGCAAGCGACAACAGCCAUCCAGCAACGCUUGCAAGAAGCACCGCUGGACGACUUCGUGCAGAAUCGACUGCGCGACGAGGAGGCGCCGGGCCGGAUUCCGACCACGAAUCGGCAGUACACCCGACAGGAGCACUUUGAGGGCAUGCUGACCAUGAAGAAGAUGACGGGCGACGGCAACUGCAUCUUCCACGCGCUCGCGGAGAAAAGCGGCGAGAACGCGGUCCACCUGCGCUCCCAGAUCAUCCAGUACCUGAAGGAGAACGCGGCGUCCCAAGAGCACGAAGAGCAAGUGGAAGCCUGGUUGGAGGAAGCCGAACACCUCGAAAGCAACCCGAGUAACUGGGGCGGCGACACGGCCGUCGUCGCCUUCACCCUCAUGAGACAGCAGCAAGCGUUCGUGCACUGGCGGGCGUCGGACGGCGAGAUCCGCACGAGCGAGCGCACACAUGUGGAAGUGCGCGAAGAGGCCCGACGGCGCCCCCACGCAGUACCGAACGUCUAUUAUCACGCAAUCCACCUCUGGUACAACGGGAAGGACCACUACGAUGUGCUCGUGCCCAUUGACCAGAC